AUGCAGCUGCUGCCGCAGCAGCAGCAACAGCAGCAGGAGCAGGAGCAACAGCAGCAGCAGCAGCAGCAGCAACAGCAGAUAUUCCUAUGGGAAGGGAGUUUGCUGCUGCCCCAGAGGAAGCGCAGCAGCAGCACCGCCUGGCUGCAGCUGCUGACAGCAACGCCGCAGCAGCAGCUGCUGCCGCCGAUCUCCCUUUGCUGCAGCAGCACACCGCCCGUGCUGCUGCCUGCAGCAGGGGCGAUACAGCAGCUGCUGCUGUUGCAGCAGCAGCAGCAGCGGAGGGGCUUUCAGCAGCAGCAGAUGGUAAGAAGACGCGACUCUGCUGCAGCAGCACAAAUGAUACAGCAUCCGAUGCAUCUUGCUGCUGGAGUUGCUGCUGCUCCCCCUGCCGCAGCAGGAAGAGCAGCAGCAGCAGCAAGAGCUGCAACAGCAGGAGCAGCAGCAGCCAGCAACCAACUAAAGCAGCAGAGUCCGGCAGCGGACGGUUCAAAGAAAUCUUUAGCUGCAAAACAAACGCUGCAGCAGCAGCAGCAGAAGCGGCAGCAGGAGCCGCAGCUGCAGCUGCAGCAGCAGAAGCGGCAACAGGAGCCGCAGCAGCAGCAGCAGGCGAGUGAGCUGCAGCAGCAAGAGCAGCAGCAGAAGCAGCAGGGACACCGCGUGGACCUGCCUGAUACGCUCCUGCAGCAUCAGCAGGAGCAGCAGCAAGAGCAUCAGCAACAGCAGGAGGAGCAGCAGGAAGAGCAGCAGCAGCAAGAACAGCAGCAGCAGGAACUGCAGCAGCAGGAACAGCAGCAAGAGCAUCAGCAGCAGCAACAGCAUGAGGAACAGCAGGAAGAGCAGCAGCAGCAGCAGCAGCAACGGGAAGAGCAGCAGCAGCAACAACAACAGCAGCAUCACCCGGAUCAGCAGCAGCAGCAGCAGCAGCAGCAGCAGCAGCAGCAGGAGCGUUUUAUCUUGCAUUUAGAGCCGGGUGCAGGGAGUGUGCUGCAGCAGCAGCUGACGAGAUGGAGAGAGGAAGCUGCUGCUGCUUUCGGUGCUGAUGAGUCUCUGUGCUAUUCGCUGCACUGCUCUGUUACAGGUUUCUUUUGCUGCGCAGACACCUCAGCAGUAGACUCUCUUCUUGCUGCACUCAGCUCUCAGCUGCACGACAUUCAGCAGCAAAUGCAAAUGCAGCAGCAGCAGCAGCACCACCACGCAGAACGAGAGCAGCAACUGCUACACGAGGAAAAACAACAUCAAAAACAGCAAGAGCAGCAGCAGCAGGGAGAGCAGCAGCAGCAGCAGCAACAACAAGGGCAGCAGCAGCAAGAGCAGCAGCAGCAGCAGCAACUAGGGUUGGGUAGGGGGUUUCCUCGAGUAAUAUCGACUGAAGACGGUCAUGUGCUGCUGCCGCUGCAGUGCCCAGCGCUGCACCCUUUGCUGCAGCAGCAGCAGCAGCUGCUGCAGCAGCAGCAGCGCUGCUGCUUGCGGCUGAAGCAAAUGAACCAUAUUACUUUAGCAACAUGCCGCACUGAUCCCAGACAAAGACAAACAAUCGAGCAUUUCUACAAUCAACGGCUACUGCUGCUGCUUGAUUAG